UCACCAAAACGAUAACAAACUUUGGCUUGUUGUGGCUACGUGUUUUUCCAGCAUACGAUAAAAAAAUCUCUUCUGCAUGUUUGCACAGCCGGAAGCUCAUUUGCAUUGACUUUUCGGCUUGCGGCCGGUUCUGCAUUAACCAAAAAGCCAAAACAAAACGCGAAAGCACGUGUGCUCUAGUGACCAAAAGUAUGCGGUUUCUUGAUUCGCUGCGACGGCUAGAUGCUUACCCGAAGAUAGACAAUGAAUUUAGCAUACGCACCGUUAGCGGAGCGGCACUUACGCUGAUUAGCUCGAUUGUGAUAGUCACCCUAGUGAUAGGCGAAAUCAAUGCCUACCUGUCGCCGAACGUUUCGGAGGAGCUGUUCGUGGACACGACACGGGGACACAAGCUUAAGAUUAAUCUAGAUUUUACCAUCCCCAGAAUAUCCUGUGACUACGUAUCGUUGGAUGCGCAGGACUCAACCGGCGAGCAGCAUUUGCACAUCGAACACAACAUCUACAAGCGAAGGCUGGACCUGCAGGGCAACCAGAUCGAGGAGCCCAAAAAGGAGGACAUUCAGGCGUCCACCAAACGUAUCUCAAGUACGGAGGCACCGGCAACGACCACGGUCAAAUCCGCCUGCGGUAGCUGUUACGGUGCGGCUAAAAAUGCUUCUCAAUGCUGCAACACCUGCCAGGAAGUUAUCGAUGCGUACCGCGAGCGCAAGUGGAACCCGAACGUGGAGGACUUUGAGCAGUGCAAAAACGGCAACGGCGGCAGCGUGGAAGGGAAAGCGUUCAGCGAGGGCUGCCACAUCUACGGCACGAUGGAGGUGAACCGGGUCGAGGGCCGGUUUCACAUUGCGCCCGGCAAGAGCUUCUCCAUCAACCACAUCCACGUGCACGACGUGCAGCCGUACUCGUCGUCCCGGUUCAACACCACGCACCGGAUCAACACGCUGUCGUUCGGGGAACAGUUCGAGUUCGGUACUACGCGCCCACUGGACGGACUGAUGGUGGAGGCAACGGAAGGUGCGAUGAUGUUUCAGUAUUACAUCAAGAUUGUUCCCACCAUGUUCGUGCCGCUGAAUGGACCGACGCUGUACACGAACCAGUUCUCCGUCACGAAGCACCAGAAAAGUGUGACGGCAAUGAGCGGCGAAACGGGCAUGCCGGGCAUUUUCGUCAACUACGAACUGUCGCCGCUGAUGGUUAAAUUUACCGAAAAGCGAAACUCCCUUGGCCAUUUCGCUACUAAUGUAUGUGCAAUAAUCGGCGGAAUCUUUACGGUGGCCGGCAUCAUCGACUCGUUGCUCUUUACCUCGAUACACGUGAUCAAGCGCAAGAUUGAACUUGGAAAGGCCAGUUAAUGCUUAUGGUCCAUGUCUGCAUUUACCAGUGAAUCUCCUUCUCUCUCUCUCUACACACACACACAAACAUGCCCUCCAGUCGUUUUGCGGAAAAUGAUUUUUUUGUUCACCUACUACCACAGCACUCCUCUCUUUUAUUCGUAACAACGACGUCCACUAGUAGCAUGUAGCAUGUCGCAACGGCGCUUCGCGUCCACCAGCCCCCAGUUAAAGUGUUUUCAGGAAGCGAUUGUAACAUUCCAUGUUCGAUUUAGCGACUUCAGUAACAAACUCUUCGUCCGUACCUUCGGCCAGUGAUUUUAGCGGAAUAUAGAGCUCCUUCUUGGGAUCGUACUGCACUUUU